AUGCUUACCUCAACUGAAGUCCCUGGACCACUACGCAGUGAUGAGGCAGAUGUUGCUCCAGUCGAGCCAUCGUGGUCUCCUCCAGCGCAGCGGCACGAGCUUAGCCCCGAGCACCAGAAGAUCGUCAAGUCUACUGCGCCCGUGCUGGCCGAACACGGCGUUGCCAUCACUUCGCACUUUUAUAAACGCCUGCUGGACAACCACCCUGAACUGCGCAACAUAUUCAAUUCGGCGCACCAGAGCACGGGAGGGCAACCUGCAGCUCUUGCACAUGCGGUGUGGGCAUAUGCCGCCAACAUCGACAACUUGGGCGCCUUGACCACUGCGGUUUCCCGGAUCGCUCACAAACAUGUCAGUCUCGGGAUCACGCCCGACCAAUAUCCCAUUGUUGGGGAGAACCUGCUCGCCUCCAUCCAGGAGGUAUUGGGGGACGCCAUCACCCAACCCGUCUUGGACGCCUGGGCCGCGGCGUACCAGCAACUCGCCGAUAUCUUCAUCGGCGUCGAGCGCAGCCUGUACGAAGCAGCCGAACACAGUCCCGGCGGCUGGACGGGAUGGCGAAAGUUCAAAGUGGCUCGCAAAGUAAUCGAGAGCGACGAGAUUGUCUCGUUCUACUUGGAGCCCCUGGACGGAGGCCGGCUGCCGAACUUCAAGCCGGGCCAGUACAUCUCGGUAAGAGUUUUCCUGCCGGAGCUGGGGGUGUACCAGCCUCGUCAAUACAGUCUUUCCGACACGGACGACGGGAAACAUUUCCGAAUCUCGGUCAAGAAGGAGGUGGGCAAUGGCCCCGCGACACCCCCGGGACGGGUGUCCAAUAUCCUGCAUCAAAAUCUGCCGGAAGGCGCAGAGCUGGACGUCAGUAACCCCUCUGGCGAUUUCACCCUUGACGUUGGUGACUCGGACUCGGACGCGCCGGUCGUUCUGAUCAGUGGGGGGGUCGGGAUCACGCCCAUGCUGUCCAUGCUGGGGACGCUGGUUGACCGGGCGCCAACGCGGCCGGUGCUCUUCGUUCACGCGGCCCGCAACGGCAAGGUCCACGCCAUGAAGGACUAUCUGGCGCGCAUCAUCAGGGACAAUCCCCAAGUGUCCAAGGUCGUCUUCUACGGAGAGACUGAGGCUGCGGAGCGCGAGGGCGUCGACUACGACUUUGUCGGCCGCAUCGUGCUCGAGAACAUCAAGGAUAAAGUCCUCCUGCCUGGCGCGAGCUACUACCUGUGCGGUCCGGUACCGUUUAUGCGCCUCCACCAAAAGGCUCUCGAGGACCUCGGCGUCCCCUCCGAGAGAAUCCAUUCUGAAGUGUUCGGCUCGGACGCAGGUUAA